AUGCAGUCCAUCCUAAAUUUACUUAGUAACAUAAUUAAAGCAACAUUAAUUUUAAAGUUUGUUGUUUUAUAAUCAAAUGCCUGCCCAUUUAAUUCUUAUGAUGAUGCUUUAAAUUAAGCAAAUGUAUACAAUAUUGAUUCUUUCAUUCAAAAUGCAGAUGGAGAUUCUAUUGGCUUUGGUUUUUGGAGUUAUAGCAUACCAUAGUUAUCACCAAAGAUAUUGGCUUAAGAAGAAUAAGGGAAUUCAUUAAUGGCAGAAAACGGAUAGUUUCUUUUUUUGAUAAAAAAAGAAUCAUUAAAUUUAGUCCUUGGAUACUUUUCAAGCAGUCUAUCCUAAAAAUUAGCUUUUCAUAACUUAGUUUUUUAUUAAACUCCCCAAGUAAUUCAAUAAUUUGUAUUCUCUCCCUAAAAAUAUAUAGCUCAUUGGAUUUUAACUACAAUUGUUUAUAAUUUUAAAAGUUAAGAAUUUAUUAUUAAUUCAAAUUAGAAACAGUUUAUUUAAUUCUUUGAUUUAACUUAAACAUCCUAAACAUCCAUUUAAAUAUAUUUUGGAGGAAAAGAUUUGGUAAUAAUUUCUAAUAAUUUAUUCAGAUUGCAGAAAGUUUCAAUUUAAAUGAAUUUAAUGGAAAAUUAUCCAAAAUUUUCAUUGAAAGAUUCAAUUAUUUGGAAUUUAAUUUUAUUGAUUAUAUAGUUUAAUUUUGUAUAGUUCCAAAAUAAAUUUAAGAAGAGUAAAUAGUUUAUUUAGUAAAGGGAUUAAAAAUAUUUUAAGGAGAUACAUUAUUAACACCAACAAUCUACCAAAUUGGAAAUAGAUAUUGUAUUUCUGGUUGGAUGAAAUAUGACUUUUCUAAGGUUAUUGAUGAUAUGGUUUACUUAGUUUUUAGGAUAGCUUCUUAGAAAUACUAUAAUAAGGAUACUAAUAUAGGAGAUAGUAUUUUUAAAUUGUAGGUGGAGGUUAAAAAAACAGACACUAGAUAUUGUCGUUUAAUUGUGUUAAAUAAUUUAUUUUAUGUACCAGCUGGAGGUCCAAUACCAAUUGGCGAUAAUUUAUAAAUAUAGAUUUUAAAUGAUUUCUAUGUUCGUGAUAGCUAUUAUAAUGGAUUACAAUAAUGGCAUUUUUUAAAGUUUGAAUAAGGUUCAGAAGUUGUAAAUGUAGACGAAGGAAGAUUAAUUUAGGUUUAAUUUUUUAAUGAAUUGAAUCUUGUAGAAAAGAAAGUGAAAUUAUCAGGUCCUUCAGAUUAAUUAUUUUAUUUUUUUAUAGGAGGAGAUGAUUUUACAAAAUAAUAACUUGAUGCUCAAAUAUAUGAUUUAAAAUUUGAAUAUAAUUAUAAUGUAGAUAAAACAAUAUUAUUGAAUGGUAAUUAUUUUAUUUUAUAAAGCUUGCCAUUAUUCUUGUCUAACUUGUAAUGGUCCAUUUGAAGAUAAUUGUUUGUCUUGUAUUUCAACAUCAAAUCGUAAUUAUAUAAAAGAAUAAAAUAAAUGUAUAUGCAAUUAUGGAUAUAUUGAUUAUGAUGGAUAAUCAAUUUGUGUUGAAUUUCAAUUGAUUUUUCAAUCAGUUUAAUUAAAUGAAAUUGAGAUGAAAAGUUAUACUACAUGUGAGUAAGGAUACUUUAUUUUACCAAACUAUUUAACUUAAAAUAUUUGUUAAUAAUGGUAAUACUUUAUUUUUUAUUAAGUCCUUAAAAUAAUUAUGGCAAAAUCAGUUGUGUAGAUUGUAAAUAUUAUCCUGAAAAUUGGUAUUUAAAACCUAUUUGUACUGCAGAUCUUUUAUCAAGAUAUAUAGAAAGAGAUGAUGGUUUUUAUUAUAAGGAACGAAAUUUAAUAGAUUAUGAUUUAUACAUAAUUGAUGAAAAUGGAUAAGUGAUAUUAUAAAGAGGAGUUCUUGAUUUUUGUAACAUUGAAAUUGAUUAAGAAUCUUGUUUUAAAUAUAAACAUCUCCAUUUAGGAUAAUCUAUAUAUGUAAAAUGUAAACCUAAUUAUUAUCAAUUUAAUGGAGAAUGUUUGUUUACCAGUAUUUAUUGUUUAGAAACAGAUAAAUUAGGACAUUGCUUAAAAAUUAUUGAUGGAAUUUAUGAGAAAAAUGGAGAAUAUAAGGCUUGUCCUUCAAAUUGUUUAACAUGUAAUUAUGAUGCAACUUUAAAAUAAAUUCAAUGUUUAUCUUGUUAAGAUUUUCAUUCUUUAGUUAGUGGUGAAUGUAUAAAAUGUGGUAAUUUUUGUAAAAAUUGUUAAAUUUAUGAUGAUUCUAAUAUUUAAUAAUCCUAUCUGAAAUGUUUCAAAUGUAUUGAUGAUUCAAAGUAUUAUAUAUCUUUUGAUGCAGUUAAUUGUAAUGAAAAUAAAAUUAAUUCAUGCUUCUAUGCAUUUGAAGUGAUAAAAAAUGAUCCAACUUAAAAUACAAUUGAUUUAUAUUUUAUUCCAAGAUAUGAUUAAGAAAAUAUUGUUAUAUAUUGUGGACGAUGUAAAUUUGGGUAUAUAUUUGUAAUUGAAAUCAAUAAAUGUUUAUUGUCCUUUGAUGAAAAUUGCUAUUAUUCAUAUUCUUAAGCCACAUGUACUAAUUCUGAUGAUUUCCCAGAAAGUUUAGAGGAUAGAUAGCAAAUGGUGGAUUCAAAUUCUCAUUAUCAACUUGAUGAUGGUGAUUAUAUAACAAUUCCAAAUGAAAAUGAUUAUCGUUGUCUUACAGUGAGUUAUUGCAUAAUUUUAGAGGAUUAUCAGCCAUCUGAUGUCUAUAAAAUUGUUUAAUACUCCCUUACAUGUCCAAGUUAUAAUAAAAAUUGUGUUACUUGUCUUAAAGAGAGAAAUCUUAUGGUAGAUUUCUGCCUAGAAUGUGAUAGUGGUUAUUAUGCACACAGAAUAACUGGCAAAUGUUAUUAAUGUCCAAAAGAGUUGAAUUGUUUUUAAUGUUAAUAGUAAUUAAUUAUAUCAGAAGAUUCAUGGAAAAUUUAAAUUAGAGCAUUUUAUCAAGUGGUUAUUAAUUAAAAUAAGAAUCAUUUCUUUUAAUAAUAUGCUUAAAGUUAAGAUAUUAAUGAUUACAUUAUUAGUUGUACAAUCUGCCUCUAAGGUUAUUAAUUAAUAAACAAUCUCUGUAUUCCAGCUUGUUCUGAAACAUGUCUAGAGUGUAAUUAUAUGAAUGGCCUUAAUUAAUGUAUUAGAUGUAAAACAGAAUUUCAAGGCAGACGAUUGACAAUUUCAAAUAAUGUUUGUGUCAAAUGUCCAGAAAAUUGUGCUUUAUGUAGAUAAAGAGAAAUGUAUUAAAUUAAAUAAAUCAAUCCCUUAUUUAACAACUAAAAAUAUUUAGAAUUUACAUAUUAAUGUCUUAAAAGCUAUGAAAAUGAUAUCUAUGAAUUUGAUUUUGAUUUAGGCAGUUAUUUGAAAUGUCCAUUAGGUAGUAAACCUUGCUAAAGGAAUUUAUUCAUUAAAAUCUAUUUACAUUGUGAUGAAUCUCUAUAUUGGGAAGAAUUCAAUUAAAAGUAAACAGUUGAUGAAUAAAAUCUAUUUAGACAAUAGAAUAUUUUACUUUAAGAUUUAAUCUCAGAUUCUAGUUUUAAAGAAGUAUAUAUCAUAUUUAAUCAUUAAGUUUGAAAAGGAUGAGUUCUAUUCAUAAGCUAAUUAAUAAUUGAUAAAAACUAUUGAAAUAUAGAUUGUUAGUAAAAAAUCAUAAAUUUGUAUCAUCACUGGAAAUGCAACUAUUUAAUAAUAGUUUAGCCAAAAUAUUUUUUCUGCCAAGUAAUAAAUUAUUAUUUUUUAGUUCUGUUAAUCUAAAUAUGAUUUUCGAUUACCAAACAAUAUUUAUUUUUGAAAGAAUGUUUACCUUUCUCAACUUUUAGAAUAUUGAUAUUUAAGGAGCCACUUUUCAACCUGCAUCAAACAAUCGAUAAAAAACUAUAUUAUUCUAAAGUGCUAAAUAAUAAUCUAUAAUCUUAAAUAAAAUCAUCUUUUAGCAAACUUCUCUAGAUUAUGAUUAAUCAGAAAUAAUUUUUGAAAAUACUUAAAAACUUUUCGUUAAUAAUACAAAAAUAAUAGAUUUUAAACAAAAAUAUGUUAAUUAUUUGUUCCUAUUAAAUUAAACAAAUUACAUAAAAAACAUAGCUAUUUAAAAUGUCUAAAUUUUCAGUUCAAUUUUUGAAAAUUAAAUAACAUUUCUAUUUUUAAUUAAAGAUAAAGACUAUGUAGAAAUUAAAGACAUUUAAAUUGAAGCUAUACUGAUUAAUACAACUUUAUUAGAUACUAAUAAUACUGAUAUUGGAAGUAUUAUUAUUAAUAACCUCAAACUUUAAAUUUAGGCUAAAGAUAGCUUAAAAAUAUUUAAUCUAUAUUCAUUUAACUCAAUAUUAAUUUCAGGGUUUUUUUGCCUGAAUUCUAAUUUUUAUAAUUCUACCUUAAUUGCUCUAAAUAAUAAUGCUUAUAUAUAGGAUUUUACAGUAUAAUUUUGUGAAUUCAAAGAAUUUACUUAUGUGUUAGUAAAUUUUGAUUAACUCUCAGAGACUAGUUAAAAUUUCAUUAUAAAAAAUACAAUUUUCGAUCAAAAUGUCUAUGAUUAAUCAGUAAAGUUUAUUUGUUUAAAUAAGUGGAAUCACUAAUUUUCAAAUUUAUAGAUCUAAAAAUUUUAAUUAUUGAAUAAUCAUAUUUCUAAUGUCUCUAGUGAUUUAAAUUUAAAUACAAUAGAAAUUUAAUUAGUAUAUUUAAAAAUGGACAAUUUGAAAAUUGAGGAGCUUAUAAUAGAAAGGGGUUAUGGGAUUAUUGAGAUUUGUAUAACUGGAGCUUAAAAAUUAAUAUUAAUGAACAGUAAAAUAACUUAGGGUAAACAAUUUUAAUUUAAAGGAUUGCAUUAAUAUUUGGAUUGUUAAUUGUCAAAAGUAAAAAGUAAUUACUAUUUAACUUCACUUUUCUUCAUUUCUAUUCUCAAUCUAGAGAUUGAUGGAUUAAUUAUAAUUUAAUCAUAAUCAUAUAAUUAUCCAUUAUUAUAUUAUAAAUCUUAAGAUGAAGAGAAGCAAUAACAAUUUGAAAGUAUUUAUAUUUCAAACUUAUUUAUUGAUUAAAAUGUAUUACUUAUUACCAAGUCAUAAUAAUUAACUGCAAUCAUUUUUAUUGAAUCAAGUCAAGAAACUCUUAUAACAUUUAACAACAGUAAAUUUUAUGGUAAUAUCCUUCAUGAAUAUUUCUAAGAUACCUUUUUGGUCUCAGCAUUACUUUUAAAUAUCAAUUCUUAUUUAGGAACAGUGAUAAUAAAUAAUUCUACUUUUUAUAAAAAUAUAGUUUUGAAUAGCACACAUAGUAUUAUCUAAAUUAGAAGUUUAAAAUUAACGAUGUCUGAAAAUAUAUUCUAAUUUAAUAACAUUUUUGAUUAUUAAUUAAUUUAACCAUAAAUCUUAUGGGGGGAAAAUCUAGAAUCAGAAACAAUCUAUAUUGAAGAUAUAAAUUGGAUUUUUUAAAUUUAAUCUUUAACAGGUAAUGGUUAAUUUUUGGUUGAAGAGCUUAAUAUAUCUGAAUGUAAAUUUGAAUAAUCAUAAGGAUCUCUUGGAGGUGCAUUUCACAUUAUAGGUUAAAAAAAUACAAUAGUUAAAAUUUUUAAUUCUUCUUUUUACAAUUUAUCAACUAAAUUUUAAACCAAUAACGGAUAUGGGGGAGCUAUUUAUUUCGAUGGUACUUCAUCUUUAUCUCUAAUUGUGAACAUUUUUAAAGUAACAAUAGAAUAUUUAUAUGCCUAACAAUUUGGAGGAUUCUUAUACUUAAAAAGUCAAAGUUCAUAAAUAUCUAUUAAUAUUUAAGAAAUUAAUUUAAGUAAUGUUUAUGCCAAAAAUGGAUCUGUCGCUUAUUUAGAGUUUUCAUUUUAUUCAAAAUCUUAAAUAGAAGUUUAAAUUAAUAAUAUUUUCUUUAAUAAUAAUAAAAAGGCUUUUAUUAAUUAUUUGAAUCAAUAUAACUCUUUAUCUAGUUUAGAAUAAUUAACCUUAUUAAAUAAUCGCUUUUUAUUUUACAUAGAUUCAGCUUCAAAAGUAAUAUGUUAAAAUUUUAGAAUUGAAAAUUUAAUUUUUGAAUCAGCUUUUAUAAUAAAUAAUGCUGCUAAACUCAAAUUUUUAAAAGUUAAAAUAAUCAACAGUCUUAUUAUCAAUAAUCUAGUAUCAAUAAUUCCAAAUUAAUGUAAAUAUAUAAAGUAUAUUUAGAUCAAAAAAAUAUUCUAUUAUUUUAAAAUUUAGAAGUAUAAAAUAUAACAAUUAUCUCAUAAAUUACAAAUCACAGUUGUUAAACAAUAAAUAGAUAAGAAAGAAACAUCUAGAUUUUUUGUUAAGAAAGUAAUACUCCUCUAACUUUGCCAAAACUUUCUUAAAGUACAGAGAUUGAUUUUGGGUAAUGUAUAACUGACUAUGUUGAAGAACUAAUGAAAAAUGAAGAGAGGUAAAUUGAAAAUUCAUUAAAUGCAGGAUUAUUCUUAUUUUUGGGACUUACAAUAGAAUCAUAAUUGAAUAUUGAAAAUUCUAAUUUAAUUUCAAUAAAAUGUACAUCAUGUUAAUAUGGAUUGUUUUAUUUUUAUUUUUCAGAAAUUAAAGGAAUUUUAAAAAAUUAACGUAUUCAGGAUUUAAAAGUAAUAAACUCUACCUGUGGAAAUUUAGGAUGCAUAAAUAUAAAGAAGGAUUAAUAGAAACUCUAAAGAAUUCUCUUAAAUGAAGAAAAUAAUCAAGGGUUUUUAGUUUCUGAAUUUAUAAUUCAUAAUUACAUAUGUCUAAAUAAUAAAGCUAAUAAUGGAAGUUGCAUAAACAUUGAAAACACAAAAGUAAUGAUCUCCAAUAGUAUAUUUUAAUUUAAUAAUGCUUCAAAUUUUGGAGGUGCUGUUUAUGCUAUUAAUGAAUAAGUAUUUAUAAUAAAUAGUCAAAUUCAAAAUAAUGAAGCAUAAAUAGGAGGUGGAAUAUAUUUAUAAGAUAAACCUGAACUUAAUUACACUAAACUUGGAACAAAAAUCAUUGAUAAUACUGGAAGACAAUUUGGUAAUGAUUGUUCUUCCAUUCCUUCUGGUCUAACAUUAACACUAGAAGAUGAAAGUUCUUGUUUCAAUACAAAAAUUAUUUAAUAAACAGAUUAACUUUUAAUUGAAUAAAUAAAUUUUUCUACCUUUUAAGAAAACAAUUAUAUUUUAUUACCUAGUGGUUAAUAAAUCUAGAAUUACUAAAAGUUUUCUACUUUUACAAGGGAGUACACCUCAUUUGAACAUAAUUUUAGAAUUAUGGCAGUAAACAAAGAUAAAAAUGUAAUAAAAAAUUUAGAAGGCACUUUUUGUGAAAUACAAAGCAGAAUGAUUAAUUCAUCAUAAGAAGAAUAAAAUAGCAAUUUCACUAAUAAUUACACCAAUAUCAUAAAUAUAACUUUUAAUUCUACAACAUAAGAUUACAAUUUAGAUUAAUUAAUAAUUUAUUUUGAUAAUGAAUUACCUGAAUAAAUUAAGUUAUAAUUACAAUUUAUUUGUAGUUCAAUAGUUUUACCUAUUUAUAAUUAAAAUUAUCCUUAUGAUAUUAUCGAUACCCAUAAAAAUUAUAAGUUAAGAUUAAAUGUUAAAUCAUUAUCUUGUCAAUAUGGGGAAAUAAAAAAUUACACAGACUUUUCAUGUUAAUUAUGUGAUGGUAAUUAAGGAUUAUUUAGUUUAUAAUUGAAUUAAUUAAAAUGUGAACUAAAAGACGAUGUUUCUACAAUAAGUGUUAAAUCUCCAUUGUUAAAUUUAAGACCUGGGUUUUGGAGACCAUAUUUUAAUAAUAAUGAAAUUGCCUAUUGUCUUAAUUUGCCAUAAAGUUGUUUGGGUGGCUGGAUGGAAGGAGAUUAAUCUUGUUUUAUGGGACAUCUUGGAGCUUUAUGUGAGUAAUGUGACAUAUAUAAUUUGAGAGGAGAUGGUUAUUUCUCAGUUAAUUAAUAAUAUUCUUGUGGGUCAUGUUUAGAUUAAUAAAAAAAUUCAAUUAUUAUUACUUUAGUAAGUAUAUGGUAUGUUAUUAAUAUAUAAUAUUUAUAGGACCUUAGUUACUAUUUUAUUAUCUGUGACUAGCACCUUGAAAGCUAUUGAAGUUUAUGUGUAGUUUUGUUAAAUUAAGAAGUUAGGUUUGGUAGUAAAAUAAAAUUAAAAUGAAUCAGCUAUCUUAAUUAAGAUGCUGACCAAUUACUUAUAAAUUAUUGGAUUUAUAGCUACCUUUUAGUUGAAGUUACCUUCAAAUUUAGAAAGUACAAUUAAUAUAGCAUCAUCACCUAUCUAAACUAUGUCAUAUUCAUUAGAUUGUUUUUUAACUUCAAUGUUCAAUAUUGAAAUCCAUUAUGCAAGAAUGAUUUGGUAAAUUAUUAUGCCUUUUAUUUAUAUUAACUUUUUCUUUCUUUGCUACACUAUAGCAGCCUAAUUAAAAAUGGUGAUCCUUAAUAAAAGUGUUAUUACAACUACUUUUAUUUAUAUGUACAUUUACUUAUAACCAAGUUUAAUAGGUGGAUUUGUAUAACUUAUCUCUUAUCGUCAAAUAUCCGGUUAUAAAUGGAUUUUGGCUAAUGUUGCUUAUAGAUUUGAUACUUAUGAACAUCAAAAAUGGAUGUUAUAAUUAUGUUUUCCUAUGUUACUCUUCCUUGCAAUUUUGGUACCUACUUUCUUCCUUUAUGAACUCUUUAAAAAUAGACAAAAUUUAGAUAAUAAAUCUACUAGACUUUAAUUCGGUUAUUUAUAUAAUGAAUAUACAAAAACAGUAUUUUAUUGGGAAGUUAUUAAAAUAGCCUAAAAAGAAUUUAUGAUCAUAUUUUUAACUUAUUUUUAAGAUAGUAUUGUAAUCAAAGCAACAAUUAUUUUAUUGAUUUUAGCUAUUUAUCUAGAAUUAACUAACAGAUCUCUUCCUUAUAAAUCAAAUACUCUCAAUAAAUUAGAUUAUAGUUCUACCUCAAUAUGUUUAAUUUCUAUUGGAUUAGCAAUAGGUUUAUUUGUAGCAUAUCAAUAAGAUUUAAUAGAGAUUUAAAUUCCUUAUUUCUUUGUUCUUGGAAUCAUUAAUUUAAAUUUUGUUUAUAAUAUUACAAUUGAGAUUGUAAAUUAAUUAAUUAAAGAAAAAGCAGAUUAAUAUUCAGAAAAAUUAGAUAUUAUUAGAGGAAAGAUUUUAAAAUGUUUUCCAUUUAUCAAUAGAAUUCGCUUUUUUAAUAAAAUGUUAAAAAAUAGACAAGAACAAAGGAUUCGUGUGGCAAAGCGUUUUCAUAAGCUGAAAAAAUUCUUAAUACCCCAAGCCCAAAGAAUUAUUAAUUAUAAAGAGUAAUCAUUAUAACUUGCCAAUGAAAACUCAAACAAAUAAAAUGAAAAUGUUCCAUUCAGCUCAAGAAUAUCUAAAUUAUUGUUAGAAAAUUAAAAUCCUAUAAAUUACUAAGCAGAAAUUCUCUUUAGUUCAUAAAGAAAUUCUUAUACAUCCAAAAUUUUAGAUAAAUAGUAACUAUUUUAUUGAAUAUCCUUUAGAUCACUGCAACAAAAUAGAAAAGCAGAAGAAACUUUGGAAAAUAAUCCUAUUAGACAUAAAAAGCUGCCAUCUAUUGCUUAGGUUUCACUAAAUGAUAAUAAUAAGUCUGGAUUUUGA